AUGGAAAUACUAAAUGCAAUAAUCGGUGCUAAAUAAGGGCAUAAAAUUAUUCUAAAUUACUUAAACUACAUAAAAUUCGUUUAUUCUAUGAAGGAUGAGUAAAGCAUCUUCCACUAUAGCAAAUGUGCUUAGCACUCAAAUGGCUUGACUAUGUAUGGAACUGGGCCGAUGAUUUUUGCUGCUAUUGUUUAUAAUCACAUUAACACUGAUGAUAAUCAAGAUAUACUGAUUAGUCAGAACUUUUCAGAAACAAUAGAGAUGCCCAUUAAGAUAAAGAAUUAAGAUGGAAAUAUCCACAAGAAAACUAUUAAAUUCUUUGGUUAUGAUUGUUACUCCUCUUCAUGGCUUAAUAACUAUAGGGAUAUUUAGACAUUUGGAUGGAUUAUAAAUGAUCAAAAUUCAAAGUGA